UUCCCAAACCCAGCCUUUUUUUCCCCCUGCGGCCCAUCCACCAGCCCGGGCCAAAAAGACACUUCCAGCCAAUGGCGUCUCUGAUCAACGGCGACCUCACGGAGUCCUAUUUCCACCUUUCGCUGGACCACAGCGACCCAGGAAGCGCCAGCGACGAUCUUUCGGUGCACACCAUGGACGAGUUCCUGGCGUAUUUGCGCCUCGCGCGGGCCCACGACGCCAGCGCCCGCGGCGGCACCGCCGAACGCGACUUUCCCGGCGACGAGGCGGCCGGCGGGCGCAGAGCGGCCUACGAGAGCCCCUUCCAGCGCGCCGACAGGGCCCGCCGCCACUUUUCCGACCCCGUGUUGGCGCCGGGCGCGUUGCAACUGACGCCGCUACCCGCCGGGCGCGGCGGCGCGGCCAAAAACGGCCCAGCGGCCGCCCGGCAGGACGAUUUCUUCGGCGCCUUGCGCCAGCACGGCCCCGCGGCUAGAACCGCGGCGCAACACGCGCCCAACGCCGCGGCUGGGCGCGGCGCAGCGCCGGCCACGCCCGGCAUCGACGUGGAGGCGCUUUUCCGCGCGUUCCAGCCGCUCCUCGACCAGUAUUUGCGGGCGCAGAACGCGCCGCCGCAAGGAGAAUCGCGGGCGCCGCCCCACGCGUCCCACGCGCCGGACUCGGACCCGGAUUCCGCCGCGGACGACACGUUCGACCGCCCGAAACACGCGGGCGCGCGGCCCGCGCGGCCCGAGCUCAGCUCGCCCGUCACGUCGCCGCCGCAGUCCAGCGGAGACUCGCAGUUCUGUUUCGACAAGAGCACCGAGGUCGAGCACAGCGACGGGUGCCAGCAGAUCGCCGUGCCCGAGCAAAAGCGCCCGCGGGCGCCGCGCCUAGAGCUUGGAGACCUUACUGUGGACGAGAUCGACAUGGACUUGGGGCCGCGCGAAGCCGAGGACGCGGCGCGGCGCCAGGCCGCAGAGUCCCACGGCGAGUCGUUGGCCGCCAUGCGCUUGAAGCUCGACCAGUACCAGCGGGACAAUGCCGGCAUGCAGAACGAGCUCGGGUACCUCCGGGGCCAGGUGGACGCGCUUUUGCAGGCCGCGUCCGAGAGCCGGCAGGCCGCGGCAGACGCGCCGGGCGCUUGCAGUGACGCCGGGGCCCUGCCCGUGGAGACACGGCCGAUUCCAGGCGUUGCGGGCGGUGGGCUGGACGCGUUCCAGGACAACUUGCCGCAGCAGUUCCGCCCGUUCUACGAGCGCCUCCAGUUGCACAAGGUGGACGCGUUGGGCGACAGCGAGAAGAGCAACUUGAUCAAAAACCUCAUGCUCCUGCUCCUCGUGUCGGACUUCGACCACCUCUCGGUGAUGACGCCCAAGGUGGGCGCGUACCUCCGCAUCACCACGGCGUUCCUCGACUCGCUCCACGCCAAGCUCUACCCGGACCAAGACAUGCAGCCGCUGCAGUACCUCCGCAACUACAACAUCGACAUCAACGACGGGCUCGAGGCCUGCCUCGACGGCAUGCGCCGCUUGCUUUUCGAGGCCUAGCACCGGACCACACCAACAUUGUCGCCCCUGCUUUUGGGGCGAUGAACACUUGCAAUGACUAUACGAUUUCAAUGCCCAUGACAUCACGAAACGCCACCGCAGCUACUGCGCGGAACUCUACUUCUACUCCUGCUUCUCCUCUGUUUGGCGGGCACUACGUAGCGGUGUUCAUGCGCCCAUGGCCCAGCCAGGGUACCAUACGACGAAGAACAAAGCACACAAACAAUGACAGUCGAAAAGUCGACAGAGCACCUGUCUCCACACCGCGGUCCGAUGGAUCAAAAGCAACGGCUGAUGUAUCUCUGCAGCUGGGGCAGAAGGCAAUUUACGACACUGGACGCAUGGCACUAUCAAUAUACGAGUCGUCGAACUGCACCCAGAAUUGACUCAUCUCGGGAGAAACACAAGCAAAAAAAAAGAAACAAAAAGAAACAAGAAAAAAACAGAAAAGGAACAAGGAAGGAACAAAAAAGGAAC